AUGUCCCAGGCUUCGCGUCAUGUCAUCAGUGCCGAGUUUCUGGCUGAGGCGAUUUGGGCCAGCACAUUUUUCCUUCUGGUCUACAUUAGUCUCCAGCUGGCGAUGCUCAAUCUUAUCCUCGCUGCUGCCGGGACUGCAAACUUUGAUUCUUUUGUUGUGUCCAGGCCAGACAGGAACCGCAAGGUCAUCGUCGAGCGGGCUGCGAGCGCCAAGGAGCUGGACCUUCAUCAGCAAGCGCUAGCAAAGGAGGAAGAGAUGAUCCAUGCCAAGGAAAGCCUGCUGAAGCUCUGCCGGUUGAUGGACAGCGACAAGAGCGGCAGCUUGGACUUGGAGGAGAUCAAGACGGGUUUCAACACCAAUCCGAAGUUUGCGAGUUCAUUGGUGUCCAUGGGGGUGUUCCUCGAGGAUGUGGACCUGCUGUUCGAGGUCUUAGAUGUCGAAG